GGCAUACAUUUAUUCAAGAACCAAUCUUAUUCAUUGGAUGAAUGAGUUUACAAAAGACAUUGAACUUAUAAGGCCUGCGGUAACUCGGUUUGCCACCUCUUACUUGACAUUGAGACGUCUUCAUGAGCAAAAAGGUGCAUUGUUCUCUCUAUUUACAUCAAACAAGUGGAGGAAUAGUAGAUUUGCGAAGUCUGAAAAGGGGAAAAAAAUUGAAAAUAUUGUUUUGGACAAUCGAUAUUUUUGGAAGGGUGUUUCUACCUGCUUGAAGGCUGCAGUACCUCUCAUUAAGGUACUUAGGUUGGUGGAUUCGGAUGAGCAUCCGGCAAUGGGAUUCAUUUAUGAAGCAAUGGAUCGUGCGAAAGAGGAAAUUCAAAAGAAUUUCAAUAAUGUCCUAAGAUGCUAUGAUCCUAUAUGGGCCAUCAUUGAUAGAAGAUGGGAAACCCAACUCCAUCACCCAUUGCAUGCUGCAGCAUACUUCUUGAACCCUUAGCUUCAUUAUAGUCCCAAUUUUCAAGCUGAUGCAGAUAUUAAAAUUGGGUUGUACAAAUGUCUUGAAAAAAUGGUCCCUGACACUAAUGAGAGGGUGAAGAUAGAUUUGCAAAUUGAUGCAUUCAAGAAUGCAAGAGGACUCUUUGGUAUACAAAAUGCAAUCUUGACUAGAAAAAAGAGAUCUCCAGGGGAUUGGUGGGACUCUUUUGGUGAUGAAUGUCCUGAGUUGAAGAGGUUCGCAAUUAGGGUAUUAAGUCUAACAUGCAGUUCAUCGGGGUGUGAGCGCAAUUGGAGUGCUUUUGAGAUGGUACACUCAAAGUGGAGGAAUCGUUUACACCAAAGGAGAAUGAAUGACUUGGUCUUUGUCAUGUACAAUUUGAAACUGAGACAAAGGCACAAGAAUAGACAAGCAAUCAUGAAUCCAUUAUGUUUGGAUGAUGUUCCAUCAAACGAUGAGUGGAUAACAGAGAGAGAGAAGCCGACUCUUCCAAGAGAAGGAAAUUGGUUGAGUGUGAUUGAUAGGAAUGCUCGACAUGGAUGUCAUUCAGAAGAUGAGGAGGUAGAUGCUCUUGCAAGGGAUUUGGAACAAGCAUGCCGUGACCAUAUUGGAGAAAAUGUCGAUGAAAUUCAUGAAGUAAGUGAUGAUGAUGAUAUGGAUGACAACAUGAAUGCUCCAAGGGAUUUUGAUCAUGACUUUGAUGAUGCUACUAUUGGUGAUGAUGACAUUGAGGAGUUGGGUGACACUAUGGGUGAUGAUGAAGAUGAGGGAGACAAUGAGAUCAACAAUGUUGUUGAUCGUGGCAAUGAUGAUUUCGGCGAUGAAAAUGAUGACUUAUUUUAGUCUCUUGUUUAUUUAUUCUUCUCUUAUUUUAGUUUGUUU